AUGCCUCAAGCUUGUCGUAGUUAAGGUUUGAUAGCUAUUUAAACUUAACAAUAUGACUCAGACAUCAAUAGUGUCAAAUUUAAAUAAUUUGCAGAUAGUCCUUCAUAUAAAACCUCAAAUCAUAUAGUUUCUUACGAAAAAAGCAGUUUUAGUUAGCAUUUUCGAAUAACAUCUUAAAGAUCAAGUCCACAGUAAAAAAAAGUGAACUUAAUAAGAAAUCAUCAGUUGUUUGUUGAUUUAGUUAAGGGGACGGAGAAAAUAAAAAAUGAUGUAAUUUGUCCUCAUAGUCCUUAACUCUAGAAGUCGCAACAAUAGAUCAUUUCAGGAUAUCUGAAAGAUUUGGCAAGAAAAAGGAGAGUCGUUCAAAAACCAUAAGGGAUUGAUGCAAGAUUGGAUUUUGAGACUGAAUUAAUUUAUUCAGCAUUGACAUAAGAUUGCGAUUUGGCAAAGAAGUUUUAGAAUAAAACAGGAAACCAUGUCAAACAAAUCUUUAGGAACAUAUUGGCAACUGGAUAUGAUCAAUAAAUCUAUUUAGAUUUAAAUAGGAUAAGGAGUAUUCAUUUGUGUUUGAACUUAAAGAAUUUUCAUUUCUUUAGAUUUAAAUAUCAUUUCAUGAAUAGAUUUAUGUAAAUGGGGAUACCAGUCGAAUAGUUAUUCAAAUGUUGUGAGAGAAUUGAAAAUGUUAGGCCUUAUAUUUUGAAUGAGAAAAUGGAGUAUGACGUAUAUGGUGGUUAAGAUGGUAUAGAGUUAUGCGCAAAUUAAAUGUAUGCUAAAAUCUUUGCUGAUAUAACGUUGGAAUAUUACUUUGUGGGAAUAGAUCGAGCAACUCAAGCAUCAAAAUUUGCGAAAUUGUUUUUCCAAUUGAUUUAUCAUAUGGACUCUCCAAAUUAUACUAAUGAAGUUUUAAGAGAGAGACAUGUCAAAUACGAAUUAACAAAUGUGUAACUUACUAAUUUCAAAUUUUAUCUCUGUUUAACUCUUUAACAAUUAAAAGUUCCCUUUAAAUAUGCCAGUGCUUUGCUAAGAAGAAUGGAUAUCUACAAAUAUGCUAUCAUAAAUAAAAAUAGUCUCUAGGAUUACGUAUGCAAUUACGGAUACAAUUAAUUCAUAGAUUAAUUUGUAAGAAGUUGUUUGGAAGAGCCUGUGUUAUUUGAUUUAAUCUAAAGAAGGGGGAAGGCUAAAUUUACAUGUCAUUGUGAAAACAUAUUCCAUUACUUUUUUCGAUACAACGUAAAGGCAAUUACUUUAGAUGAUCUCGAGGAAAUUCACUAUCACAAAACUAUAAUUACUGAGAAGAUCUUUAUGAAGUUGAAGGAAAAGGCCAUGGCUGAAGUAGCGAAACUUACUAACGAUCGUAUAGUUUUGGAAGACUUUGACGAGGAUUGGGAUGAAAUAAAACCUCUGAUUUUGAGUGAUCCUAGGAUGUCCUUUCUCAAAACCAAGGAUAGAGAUCUCUUGAUCAAUGAAUUGGCAUAUAAUUUGGAGAAUGAGUUCUACUCGAGAUAACUCAAUGUGAUAUAUGAGACAGAGGAGAUCAACAUGAUGAGGAAUAUCAAGAGUAAGUUGAACCUGUUGGUGUAUACUAUCAAAUUUUUUAAGAGGACUGACUUGGAAGUAAUUCAUAGAAGAUUCAGGAUCAGUGAAAGUUAGUAUUUCGAUUUUUAAUAAAGCUUUAAAUCACUUUUAGAUAGGAUUCCAGAACUUCAUUAUAUACAUGGAUUAUUGGAAGAAUAUAAAAAAUAUAUUGUUUCGGAUUGA